GGAGCCGCGCCGCCGCUUCCGGCGCGGCGGGAGGAGGCGGCCGAGCGGCUCCAUGGUGACGGCGCAGGUUUCUGGCCUGGGAUCUUCCGCCAGUCAGGCCCCAUCAGGCACAGCCCUGCUGCCAUGUCGAAGCUGAAGAGCUCCGAGUCCGUGAGGGUGGUGGUGCGAUGUCGGCCGAUGAACAGCAAGGAGAAGACAGCCUCAUAUGAAAGAGUUGUUAACGUGGAUGUCAAGCUAGGGCAGGUCUCGGUGAAGAAUCCACGGGGAACAGCUCAUGAACUGCCUAAAACCUUCACCUUCGAUGCUGUGUAUGACUGGAACUCCAAACAGGUCGAGCUCUACGAUGAGACCUUCAGACCUCUGGUGGACUCUGUCCUGCAAGGGUUUAAUGGGACAAUCUUUGCCUAUGGGCAGACUGGCACAGGGAAAACGUACACGAUGGAAGGGGUGCGGGGUGAUCCUGAAAAAAGAGGGGUCAUCCCCAACUCCUUCGAUCACAUCUUCACCCACAUCUCUAGAUCCCAAAAUCAGCAAUACCUAGUGAGGGCGUCUUACCUGGAGAUCUACCAGGAAGAAAUCAGAGACUUGUUGUCAAAGGAUCAGUCCAAGCGGCUGGAGUUAAAGGAGAGGCCAGACACGGGUGUGUACGUCAAGGACCUGUCCUCCUUCGUCACGAAAAGCGUCAAAGAGAUCGAGCACGUGAUGAACGUGGGGAACCAGAACCGCUCGGUGGGAGCCACCAACAUGAACGAGCACAGCUCCCGCUCCCACGCCAUUUUCGUCAUCACCAUCGAGUGCAGCGAGCUGGGACUUGAUGGGGAGAACCACAUCCGGGUGGGGAAGCUCAACCUGGUCGACCUCGCGGGCAGCGAGCGGCAGGCGAAGACCGGAGCCCAGGGGGAAAGGUUGAAGGAAGCCACCAAGAUCAAUCUCUCUCUCUCAGCUUUGGGCAAUGUUAUCUCUGCCCUAGUAGAUGGCAAAAGCACUCACAUUCCGUACCGGGACUCGAAGCUGACGAGAUUGCUUCAAGACUCCUUAGGUGGCAAUGCCAAAACGGUGAUGGUGGCCAAUAUAGGCCCUGCCUCUUACAAUGUAGAGGAGACUCUGACGACGCUGAGGUAUGCCAAUCGUGCCAAGAACAUCAAGAACAAGCCACGAGUGAAUGAGGAUCCCAAGGAUGCUCUGCUGCGGGAGUUCCAGGAAGAGAUCGCUCGACUCAAGGCACAGUUGGAAAAACGGUCUAUUGGCAAAAGAAAGAGGAGGGAGAGGAGGAGAGAAGGUGGGGAAGAGGAGGAAGACACCGAAGAGGGUGAAGAUGAAGGCGAUGACAAAGAUGACUAUUGGAGGGAGCAACAGGAAAAGCUGGAGAUUGAGAAGAAAGCCAUAGUUGAGGAUCACAGCUUGGUGGCAGAGGAAAAGAUGAGGCUGCUGAAAGAGAAGGAGAAGAAAAUGGAGGACCUGAGGCGAGAGAAGGAAGCCACAGAAAUGCUGAGUGCUAAAAUCAAGGCCAUGGAAAGCAAGCUUCUGGUGGGAGGGAAAAACAUUGUGGAUCACACAAACGAACAGCAGAAAAUCCUGGAACAGAAACGACAGGAAAUUGCAGAGCAGAAACGUCGGGAGCGAGAAAUCCAGCAGCAGAUGGAAAGUCGGGAUGAGGAAACACUGGAACUGAAGGAGACCUAUAGUUCUCUUCAGCAAGAGGUGGACAUAAAGACCAAAAAGCUCAAAAAGUUGUUUUCCAAGCUGCAAGCUGUGAAGGCAGAGAUCCAUGAUCUCCAAGAAGAGCACAUCAAGGAGCGCCAGGAACUGGAACAGACCCAGAAUGAACUUACCAGGGAACUGAAGCUUAAGCACCUCAUUAUUGAAAAUUUUAUUCCCUUGGAAGAAAAGAACAAGAUCAUGAACAGAUCAUUCUUUGAUGAAGAGGAAGACCAGUGGAAACUGCAUCCCAUAACCCGGCUGGAUAACCAGCAGAUGAUGAAAAGACCAGUAUCUGCUGUCGGAUACAAAAGGCCACUGAGCCAAUACGCCAGAACGUCCAUGAUGAUUCGUCCCGAGGCGCGGUACAGGGCAGAGAACAUCGUGUUGCUGGAACUGGACAUGCCCAACCGAACAACGAGAGACUAUGAGGGGCCAGCCAUCGCUCCCAAAGUUCAGGCAGCUCUAGAAGCAGCUCUGCAGGAUGAGGAUGAGAUACAGGUGGAUGCUUCAAGCUUUGAGAGCACUUCCAAUAAAAAAUCAAAACCCAGGCCUAAAACUGGAAGGAGAUCGGGGGGACCCUCGUCAGCAGGGCCCCACAGUUCUCAGCUGUACCCACAGUCCCGGGGGCUGGUUCCCAAGUAAAACCAGCAGUUCCUCUCCAGGGCACGAACUGCUUUUGCCUUCUGAGAGCAGAGACAAGUACAGACUGCAGAGAACUCCCAGGCAGCCUCCAGCCCCCUCCCCUGGAGAUGUCCUCUGCUGCUAAACUGACUUGUGCCAUUCCAGGGGCACUGAGCCUUGCAGGAAGAUCUGUGCUUGCAAUUCGGCUUUUGGCCUCUGUGGGAAACAGACUUUAGUUAGGAAAUCAGAACUGCAUGAGGUACGUUAAAGUGUAUUAGAAGCAAUGGGAAGCAUGUGGAUCACCUCACAGCAUCACCAUCUCUCCUCCUGCACUCGCUCUCUUGCUGCACUGGGCUUUUUUGCUGUUGGGCAAUAAGAAGAGUUGAAAGUCAUCUCAACAGAAGCACCAGAGCUCCAUAGUGAGAACCAAAGGAGUCUAAAAAGCAGAGGAUCUGUUCAAAUUUGACGAGGUGCUUAGUUUUUCCAUCUUCCUGCUUGAAAGACUGGCAUCAUCAUUUGGGGUUAAGCAGCAGGUCUGGCCAGGGGGGUUGGCAGCGCUCAGCCUGUGCUCACCACCAGAUGGCUGUGCCUCCCUUAGAGCUGUAGGACAAAAAAGGGGUCUUAAAAGCAACUUUGUGCUCUCUAGAAGGGAAGCAGUAGAAACUGAAGUCCCUUCCUUGUUUACAGACAUAAGUAAGAGCUCCUCUAAACUGACCUCCUGCAGACCUCACCCCUACCAACAGGAACCACCUUGUCAGAGAACACAUCUGCACACCAGUGCCAGCUUCGCAGCUCUUCCUCUCUCUUGCCUCCAUCCAUACCCCUGGCAUUUGAAACCUGUGUCCAUAUGAAGUCUCUAAGCUGCGGGGUGACAAACAGCCAUUUUCUCACGUCUCCCACAUGAAAUAUCUCUUCAUGGGAAAUGUAGCACUGGCUCAGAGCUGGCUUCCAGCAGGCUCAUGGAGCUGACUCUGCUCUUCCCAGCGAGCUGGGCAGAGCACCGAGAUGUGGAGCUGCCUUUGAGCGCACUCUCCUUGUAAGUACAGUCCCUUCUCUUGGUGCCCAAGGAGGUUCAGCGUUCAGUACCUCUUGUGCCUCACCUACUCCAUGUUAGCAGCUUUGCCUUUGCACCUCCCAGCCCAUGCAGAGCCCACUGGGAGCAAAAGCACAAGUCUGGGUAUUGGAAUCUGGUACCAAUUCCAGGGGUUUUACUUUGGAAACAAGGGAGGGAGAACUCCUGCUGUUGACGGUCUCUUUGCAAAGCUGCCCUAUGACUAAAGCAGGCUCCUGUGGUGCUGCAGGCUCGUGGCAGAGUCGAGGGAGGUGCAGCUGCCACACUAAGGAGAGUUAAGGUGUCCCUGUCUAGUGUCUCACAGCUCAUGUGUAAGUUUUAGUUCACUGUAUAGUGCGACUUGGGAUGUUGCUUUUUCUGGUUGCUGUUGGCUGUCAUUCUACGAACGCAUUUACCCAUUUCCUCUCCCUGACUGAUGACUUCCUCCAGACUGACACGUGCGAGUGUACGAGGACUUGCCUGGUUUUAGACAUGCUCUGAGGUGUGGGCUCUGCCUCGUGUGCUGGGUGUCUGCUGAGCCGCUUCACCCGGGCUGCAGAGCCCCCGGGGCAGAAGGACCAAACGCUCAGCACAGCUCACCUCGCAUCCUGCGGGCAUGGUGCCUCGGUGAGCUGCCCCCCUGUAACACUGCUUGGAUUUGUGGAGUGCUUUUCUGGACCUCAGGAUUAAUAUGUAUAUUAGUUUUGGUGGAAGAAAGAGGAGUUUGCUUGUAAUUGUGAGAGCAGGCAUCUGACAAAUGGCUUUCAAUAUGGAAACCUGACAGAAUCUUCCUUUUUAUAAAGCACUGUUUAUGUACAGGGCCUUUUAUCUGGCUCUUGCUGCAUAAUGUAAUGUCACCUUCUUUUCCCUCUCCUCCCUCUUUCUCUCCAGCACAUCCUCAUCUGUGCUUGGACAUUUUAAAAGAUGAUUGUAUGAUGUAAGUGCUCAGAGGAUGAAACAAAGGGGUCCAAAACCUGAAAUAGCAACAAAAUACAUAACCAUGUGCAUGUACAUACCUGUGUACAUGUAUGUUUUAUGUGACUCAUGGAUACCCAGGCACAUCUGUGCCUGCACAUGCGCACACACUUCCUCAGUUGCUGCUUUUCCAUGGGGAAUUCUGUAUUCAACUCACAUGCUGGAAACUCCGCUCGUGGCAGGGCCGGGUCAGUGGAAAUGGCAGUGCAAACCCCACUGGUCUGUUGUAGUGUUUAGCUGGUUGGUACGUCAGACAGGCUCUGCUUUUAAUUCUGUAGAAAUUCAUUAGCAAGGAUGGGAAAAGAAUAAACCUGGAUAUUUAGUCACUGUAUUUAACUUGAGGCUGGGGCUGGAGGUUUGGUUAGUGUGUUCAUGGGCAGAUCCUCACACGAGCUUUUACUCUCAUUCUGAUGGACUUGCCCUCACCCUUCUCUGUGUGGGUGCCCCUCAGUGGCACUGACACCGCAAUAGAGACAUUGUCUUAAGCUGCAGGGAACAUGCUGAGCUCUGGGUUGAAGUUUGUAAGAAGCAUUCCUGAGCGUUUGCCCCUCUCCGGGUGUUAUCUGAACCAUCUGGGCUUCCUGCAGCUUAACGGCCAAAGGCAGGAAAUCAGCUGCCUUGUGGAAGAGGCCCUCGGCCACUCUGCGCCCUUCAUUUCUUCAUAGGAAUGUUUCACAUCCUCCUCUUUGCUCUGAUCUGUAGGAUGGGAUCUUUUUUAAACCGCACCACGGAGGAGUCCGCCCAUGACUCUGGGCGCAGGCACCACGUCACGGUGAGGCAUAGGAAUUAAAGCACUUUCUUAAAGUCCUUUAUGUAGCUCUAAAGCCUUUUUAAAGCAUUUGCAUGCUGCUCGAACUCCCUAAAUCACACACGUCCGUCCAGCAGCUCAGGCUGGCAGAUCAGAGCUGUGCUCAGUGGGGUUUUAGGUGUCAGUCUGCCUUUGCUGAGCACUGAGUGCUGCAGGGUUUCAGUGAGACACCUGCAAACCUGGAUCCGUCCUCUCCUCCCUCUGUGUAAGGCUUUCAAUGGCUCAGAGCGACUCCUGGGGCUGUUUCUGCUGUGUUCAAGCACAGAUUGGAACAGUUAACCUGCAAACCGUGUGACUGAUGUGGAAAUAGAACUGCAGCGAGAACACGGGUCUUGCCUGUGCUGUGCCUGUGGUCCAAGCGCCGUCUCCAGCCCUUCUCACCCUGAAGCAGGAGCCGCAGGCAGUGUCCAUGUGAGAACUCCCAGCUCCCUGGAGAUCCGCCCAUCUCCACCUCCUUUAGGUGAUCUGUAGACAACCUGUCAAUAGUUCUGUCCAUAGUUUUACAGCUUGUAUUUAUUUGUAUCAUCUCUUUUGUCUAGGAAUGUAAAGUGAGCCUAAGAUACAACGUGUAAUAAAAGUCAAUGAGAUUUAUUGCAUCUAUCAAAA